UGUACAAAUGUUGGACUGGUUUGUAGAGGAUGGUACACACAUCCUCAUAAUGGAAUAUCCACAUCCCUGCGAGACCUUGGCAAACUUCCUGGAAAGUCAUAAAGGACGUCUGAAGGAAACAGAGGCCCGUCAUCUCUUGCGUCAAGCAGUGAACGCAGCCAAACACUCCAUUGACCACAAUUUAACUCAUGGAGACUUACACAGAGAAAACGUCUUGAUCAACACAAGGACGAUGGAGCUCAAAUUGAUCGACUUUGGAUUCAGCAGUCUAAUCCCAGACACUCCUUGUGAAGGGGUUGCGGAGAUGGUCUUGUCUAUGGGUAGUCUGGUCUUCAUGAUGACGACUGGAUAUGAGGCGUUCAAUCGCAGAGAUCAGGAUCUACUACACAACCCGAGGAUCAAGGCCCUUGGUUUAUCUAAAGGAAAGAGUUCCAGAUCUUCGGAGCAUGAGCAGAAAAUGCCCUAUCACCCAUGGAGCGGAGCCGUGUCUUGGGCACAUUAAAAAGACCAUACUGAGAAGACCGUAGAUUUCGACAAGGU